AUGACAGAUCUACUCUCGACUCAUGGAGAGAGCUUCCAUGGUGCUGCAAAUGUUUUAUCUCUUGAAAAUUGCAGAAGGUACAGACCAACAGAGCCAAACAUACUCAACACUGAAUUAAAACAUAGCAAAAGUGAUGAUUUAGUGUUGCAAAGCAGUCCGAUUGAAAGUCCAUCUGAGGAAAUUCAACCGAGACCAUUAUCUCCGAAUCUUCCAUUCGAAGGAGGAAGAUGCAUAAUGUCUGGCGGAAACAGACCGAAAAGUACAUAUUUUAGUGACAGUGAACCAGAUGUGAAUAAUAUAAAAGCUCAAAAUGUAACAGUGCAUAGUUCAAAAGUUCAUAAUUCCACAUCUGUGUCAUCAAGACAUGUCGGACUGUAUGACAAUGUCGAUCCGGAAGAUAGCAUAAGAGACAUGAUAUCUGAAAAUGAUUUUUACAGGUUUGUCCUGUUCAAAAGUCACUAUGACAAAUAUUUAAGAUUGUCUUUGAAAUAUGAAGAAGCGAGAAAUAUAGCUUAUUACCUGGAGGAAAAAUACCACGAAAUAAAGAAACAUUUUGCCCACAAAAGGGAAAGGGUUGUCGCGGUCGGUUAUAAAAAAAUUUUGUAG